AUGGCCCCUCCCUACACCUUCCAUGUCGGCAGUGUCAAGGUCGCACACAAUCUCCUGCAGACUCUCGCCAACAUUCUCCACAAGGCCGAGGAACACCCCAACGCCGCCUCUUUCCUCGACGCCCGCCUGAUUGAGGACAUGUACACUCUGCGCGAUCAGAUCCGACUGUCCGUGCAAUACCUGGAGCACAUCGUCGCCCGAGUGACCAACCGGGACCCCAUCACAUAUGAAAAGCCGACCAGCUUUGCGCAAAGCUACGAGUUCAUCAACCAGGUCGUGACCGCCGCCGCACAGGCGGAUCCCGAAGCGGUCAACCAGCAGGCGGAUGUGGUGAAAUCCUCAUUCCUGGGCAAGAUGGAGGCUGAUAUGAGUACUGCGGACUAUGUGCACAUGGCAUUGUUGCCCAAUGUGUAUUUCCAUGUCACCACUGCCUAUGGGAUCCUGCGCAAGGAGGGAGUGAAGUUGGAGAAGUGGGAUUUCUACAGCGGGUUCGCGGCUGAUUUGAAACCUGUCCCACGUGCAUGA